AUGGUAAAGUCACCCAAACGACAGAACACCGGCUCGUUGGAUAAAUCGCGGCAGAAGAGACUUAAGAAGGAAGAGCACGCUACACCGUUAGAAGAUGAAGAACUGGGUUUUGAAGUGGGGAGCGGGACAGCCAGCGAAAGCCUAGAGCCUGGACCAGCAACUUUCGACACUGAUUUACCGACACCCUUUGACAACAUUGUAGAAGAUCCCGAUAUCAAUGGCAUGUUGCCUGAGAGCAAAACCCCAUCUACCAACCUGGUGGGUGCAAACAGCGGCGAUUCAGAUGCCGGAAAGAGGGCCAAAGGAAAAGGUAUGCAACAAUCCACUAAGAAGAUGCAACAGGUUGCCCAAUCUGGUGGACAGUCGGCAUCGGGAGGCAGCAAACUCGAUAAUGACUCUGCGAAGCCCGCCUCCAGUGCUCAACAGGCGUCCUCUAAAAUGCAGACAGAUCCUGACAAGUUAAGCGAUGCCCUUUUUUCUGCUGGUGUAGAUAUACGUGAGGAAGAAGCGCUUUUGAACUCUUCGACGAACAUCACAAAAUCAGUAUCCCAAAAUAAUGGGCAAGCGAUCAACAAUCAGAUAGCUCCACAGACUCCUCUAUUGCAUCCCUCGCAUGUGGCCAGCUUCAUGAAGAAAGUCGGUUCUGAGCAGAAUUUCAACCAGGACUUUUCAAAGGCACACGAAGUUCUAAGUUUAAUGUCCUCAACCUGUGAGGCGUUCCUGCGAGACGUUAUCACUAACUCUCUCAUUAUGUCUCGGCACAGACGCAGAUCAAUAAGGUUGAAUUCUGGACGUCGAAGCGAAGUUUCGCGCGCUAUGCGAGAUAUAGCCAUACAACAGAAAGAACAAGAAGAAAAGAGGGUUAAACGACGGAUAUCUAUGGGACUGGAGAAAGAGACUGCGGAGGCAAAAAUGGAGACAGAAGAGACAUUACAUAGAGCAUCGAAUGCUACUGCUAAUAUGAUGAUUGCCGGUAGCAAGAAAAAAUACAGCUGGCUGAAUGCGGGACCGAAGACAAACAAUAAUUCGGUGAAAGUAUUAGGGAAAGUUUCAUCAGAUGUCGCAGCGCGGGGCGAGAUGGGCAUUCGAUACCGUGAAGCCAGAGAGGAACCAGGAAUCGUUAUGCGAGACUUACUAAAUGCCUUGGAAAACAGAAGAGUUGGUGUUAACACAAUUAUUCCCAAGGGCUAUGCUAGAAUUCGUGAUUGA